AUGGAGAAAUCGUUGAGAGCAAGGAGAGCCGUUGCGAAAGUAACUGAGGACCGCAAGAGUGCGGGUAGUGGGCGGCCGCCUAGCUCAUCUACCGAGUCGCUAAUAGUAAAACCAGCGACUGCAGACUUGGUGACUGAGGGCACCGUGGUUGCACUGGUGGGGCGUAAAGACACCAGGAAGUCUGUACGGCCGAUAGACUCCGACGAGUCCGGUCAGGAGGGUUCCCCUCCGAGAAGCAAUACCGUGUAUGGGCGGUUAUCCAGGAUGGAGCUCCUAAUGGAGGGGAUGCUCCAUCAAGAGCGCCGGCCUCUCCAAGAACCGGCGCCAGCGGCACCUACUACAGGGCUGCCUAAUGUCUCCCUCUUGGAGGAGGAGAGCAUAACGGGUCAGUAUGAAUCUGACGCCGAGUCUGAGGGCUUAGCAUUGGAGGCUGCCCCAAGGGACGAAGGGCACGAGCCGGAUGUCCCAUUCCUGGCAGCUAGAUUUGCCGUCCCGACAGAUUCAGGAGAGCCGCUUGGUGAAGAAUUGGAAGUGACAAUAAAUUACUUGGCCUCACACCAGCUUCAGGAGCUGACCAUGGAUGCAACAGCUAGGAAAUACGACACACCGGCUAAUUGUAUCCUGCUUAAAGUGCCGGCAGUAAACCAUGCCAUCUGGGGCCAUAUGGGAGUAGGCAUCAGGGCGCAGGAGAUGAAGCUGCAAAGAGUACUGAAGCUACUAGCUUCCGGCAUUACGGCAUUCAGGAUGUCGGUGGAUGGUGGGCACCUGACUGAGGUUCAGCAGGAUGCCUUGGCUCUCAUGUGCAAUGUGCACUUUGAGAUAAACUGCCUUAGAAAGAGCGCCAUCCGCCCUACAAUCAACCCAAAAUUCGCUGCCCUGUGUAAGCCUAGCAACAUCCAGCCACCAAAUCUUUUGUUCGGGGAAGAACUCACAAAACGGGUGAAAGAGCUGGACGACGAGGUAAAAACCAUAGGGCUCAUUAAGGUGCCAAUGACCAGCAGAACCCCUCAGAGGCAGCAGCCCUACAAGCGAAUGGUACCCUUGUGGUUGGGGGUGUGCCUCGCUGGGAUUUUCCUCCCUCAGACCUUUGGAAUUCCAUCAGAUGCUCAGGAAUCUGUUGAACUGGUGGGGAGAAGUUACAGCAAUGUAAUCCCUGCUUCUUUGGAUAUGUCCGAAAAUGAUCUCCAAAAGCGUUACUUUUCCGGCUGUGGGAACCCACCUAAUGUUCAUGGUGGAGAGGCUCAUCAUGCUGGUAACACAGUGACAUACACCUGUAAUCCUGGGUUUUCAAUGACAGGAUCAGCAACACUCCAUUGCCAACCCUCAGGUCGCUGGGACUGUGAUCCACCAAUCUGUAAAAAAAUUGUAUGCCCAGAACCUAUAAGGAUCGAAAAUGGAUUUUUCAAACAUGUAGGACAAGUUGUAACAUACUCCUGUGCAAGUGGCUAUUACAUGUUGGGAGAUGAAUCAAUAACCUGUAUCAACACUGGCAAAUGGAAUGGUCCUGCACCACGCUGUAUCCUCAUCAAUGCUCCAAGGGGACCUCCAGGAGAACCAGGUCAUAUGGGACAAGUGGGACCAAAAGGUGAUUCAGGUGCAGAUGGAUCCAGAGGACAACCAGGAUUAUCAGGACGUCCUGGACAACAAGGAGCACGUGGACCCCAUGGCUUUCCAGGAACACCUGGGGCACAAGGUCCACGAGGUCCAUGUGGAGCAUCUGGACCCAAAGGUAGAAAUGGAGCUAAUGGGAUGGGAGGUGCAGAUGGUAACAAAGGCAAUCUUGGGUUGAGGGGACGAAUGGGACCGUUAGGAGAUGUUGGACUGACUGGAGAGAAAGGCGAUGUUGGAGGACCAGGGCUACCAGGUAUGCCAGGAUCCUACAAUGUCGUUCUUGCCGCUUUCUGUGUCAGCCUUGGCUACAACUUUCCAGCAGGUAAUGCACCAAUUAGAUUUGAAAAUAUGAUAUACAAUGCCCAAGGGCUCUAUAGUCCUGCAACAGGUAUGUUCAGAUGUAGAAUCCCCGGUGUGUAUUUCUUUACAUUUCACUGUGAAGUCAACAGAGUUAAUGCAUAUAUUGCAUUGAAGAAAAAUGAUGUAACCAUUGUUGUAGCCUACCAAGCAUAUCAAAAUAGUUAUCAGUCAAUGGCUGGAGGUGCUAUCAUUGUACUAGAUGCUGGUGAUACCGUUCAUUUGGAAACUAUGGAUGGACAGAAUGGCAUCACAAAAGCAUGUGUCUUUGCUGGUCAUUUGCUUUUUAUUUGUCCAACUUAUCGCCAUUGAAGACUGACGUUGUGUAUCUAAUUCUAAUCAUCUCACUGUGGACUUUUUUUUAAUGAUACAUCAUUUCACAACUUCCUCAUUUUAUUUUUAGGACUGCUCCAAAUAUCAUCUCCAGGGGUAAGGGGGUGGGGACAUAGACAAAUGUGGUUUGAUCUUAAAGAUAAAAAAAAGUCAUAAUAUUAUCCUACUUUUACCCAUGACCUAUGGAACUUUACCUCUUCUGUCAACACUAAAGGCAAGUCAAGUUUGCUUCAACUCUGCCUGGACAUGAUCCGGAACAUCUGGAGGUCAUUUUAUUCAGUACGAUCAGAGCCAUAAAGUAACAUCAGAUCAAAAGCACACACAAACCAAACAAUAAUGGUUCCAGACCGAUAUUCUGUAAAAUAGCAAGCAGAAUUAGAACUAUGUAGCAAAUCGAUCUGCAAUUAGAGGAAAGCGAGAUAAUUUAAAAACCAAAGUAUUCAUUAUUUCUUCCGCAUUUCCAAGAAUCUAUCGGACUAUGGGUGCCUCUGAAAUAAAAUGAUGAAGAAUGUCGUAAAACAACUGGACAGAUCUCAGUAAAUAUCUGUGAUCAGUCUUAAAACAAAAUUGCUACCGGACAUUUAGAUUUUGGGGGAAUCUGCGUGCGGAAAAUAUAAGUAUAAGAUCAUCUGAAGUGAAAAGCAGCCACUGGUUGAUCGUUGUAUCUACUGUGAGUGGGCUUUGCAUUUCA